AUGCCUUCGAGCUGGUCUUUUACAGAGAUCCCCGUAAUUGACUUGGCUCUAGCCGAGGAUGCCGCUGCCUCAACACAGCUGCUGGAGGACUUGCGCCAUGCCUUGACAGAAGUCGGCUUCCUUUACAUAUCAAAUCAUGGCAUUCCACAAUCAACAAUAGACCGACUGGAAGCGAAAGAUGGGAUCGCUUUAGAGAAUUCGCCUCAUUUUCUUGGUUACAGUGGCAUUGGCGAUGAAAGUACAGGCGGCAAGACCGAUUAUAGGGAGCAAGUGGAGUUUGCGACAGAAUUACCAAAUGACUGGAAGGACGGCGAUCCUCUGUACGAGCGACUUCGAGGACCGAAUCAAUGGCCGGCGGCGUUUCCGGAAUUGCCAGGAAUCGUCACGAGCUAUAUUUCAGCACUGACAGACUUGAGCGAACGCUUUCUACAGCUCGUUGCUCGCGCAGUUUUACUUCCUCCAAAGACAUUCCUGCCCUUCCUAUCAGAUCAACACCGCCUGAAGCUGGUUCAUUAUCCGGCAUUACCUGUAGGGCGUGCCACGACUAUCCUGAAUCAAGGAGUUGGACCACACAAGGAUUCGUCGGGGUGGUGGACAUUUCUACUUCAAGCUUCGCCUCCCGAAGUUAAAGGCCUUCAAGUUUUGAACAAGUCGGGUCAAUGGAUCGAUGUACCGGUGAAACCAGGUACAUUCGUGGUCAAUAUCGGUCAAGCCUUCGAGGUUGUCACCGACGGUGUCUGUAAAGCCACGACACAUAGAGUAUUGUGCGGUGUACACGAGAGAUACAGCGUUCCAUUUUUCCAAGGCGUACGGCGAGAUCUCACCAAAAACUACGCCCAAAAUCUAAAGAGCGUCUUUGCUUCCUUUAGUUCAAGCGCGGAGUCAGUCGAGGGCCGUGACAUCGAUUCAGCCUUCCUUCAAGGCAAAUACGACACUUGGGGAGAAACGCAGCUAAGGACGAAAAUUAGAAGCCAUCGAGCAAAUGGACGAAAGUUUUAUCCUGAGGUUUUCGAGCAGUAUACUGGGGAUGACAACUAA